UCACAGCAUCGGGGGCAUCUCUGACCUACUCUCAGCGAGAUGGGAAAGAUCACCUUCUACGAGGACCGCGGCUUCCAGGGCCGCUGCUAUGAGUGCAGCAGCGACUGCCCCAACCUGCAGACCUACUUCAGCCGCUGCAACUCCAUCAGAGUGGACAGUGGCUGCUGGAUGCUCUAUGAGCACCCCAACUACCAAGGCCAACAGUACUUCCUGAGGCGUGGGGACUACCCUGACUACCAGCAGUGGAUGGGGUUCAGCGACUCCAUCCGCUCCUGCCGCCUCAUCCCCCACCACUCUGGCACUUACAGAAUGAGGAUCUACGAGAGAGAUGAGUUCAGAGGACAAAUGUCAGAGAUCACAGAUGACUGUCUGUCUCUUCAGGACCGAUUCCACCUCAGUGAAAUCCACUCCCUCAAUGUAAUGGAAGGCUGCUGGGUCCUCUACGAGAUGCCUAGCUACAGGGGACGACAGUACCUGUUGAGGCCCGGGGAAUACAGGAGAUAUCUUGACUGGGGGGCUACAAAUGCCAAAGUUGGCUCUUUUAGACGAGUCAUGGAUUUUUACUGAAGCAUAUUUAUUCUCCAUUUUUCUUCUUUAGAACCUAAUAAAAUAUGUAGCUUGUGAUUCUGGCA